AGUUCUUUCUUUGCCACAUGAUCACACACAACUGUCCAAUACAAUAUGAGGAAACUAACUCUUGCUCUCUUCUUUGCUGUGUAUAUCUGCUCUGUAGCAGUUCACAGCAGGAUCAGGCAGAAGAGAGCCUGGAUCAUUGACAGCUUCAACAUUGAAGAAGAAAACCCUGGCCCUUUCCCAUAUUUGUUGGGGACGAUUGAACUAGACAAGAAAUAUAUAGUCAACUUUGGGCUGCAUGGCAGUGGUGUUGAUAAAGAGCCAAAAGAAGUUCUGAAAAUCGAUCAAAAAAAUGGCCAGAUUUGGGUGCAUAAGAAGGUCGACUACGAGACUUUUCAAUUGCUCAAGUUAACAUUUGAAGCAACAAAUGUCUCCAAUAACAAAGUGGACACAAGGCUCGGGGUUGAGGUCAGGAUCCUGGACAUUAAUGACCACGCCCCAGUCUUUAGUCCACCUCACUAUCAGGCUACUGUGGAUGAGUCUACAGCUCAAGGUCAGGUAGUAGCAACAAUGAUGGCCAAAGAUGGGGAUGACUCACAAACUCCAAAUGGAACCUUCUCCUUCAAUAUCAUCUCUGUUACUCCCAAAACGGACAAUGUGGAGUUUUUCCUUGAGCCGACUGGAGCAUCGAUUACAGGAAGGAUUUUUUUUCGAGGCUGUUUGGACUAUGAGAAAGCAAAAAAAUAUACCAUUGUGGUGGAAGCCAAGGAUCAUGGAGAUAAAGUGCAGCUCUCCAGCACAAGUACUGUGACAAUGAACAUUAUUGACAAGAAUAAUCACUUCCCAGAGAUCACAGGUCAAACAGGCCCUGGUAGGGUAAAGGAACGAGAAAGCGGAGUGGAAGUCCUGCGUGUGCAAGUAGCUGAUAAAGACAGUCCAGGUUCACAAGCCUGGAAAGCUAAAUACACAAUUCAUGGAGAUAAGGAAAAAUAUUUAAAAAUAGAGACGGACCCCAAAACUAAUGAAGGAGUGAUAACAGUUCUAAAGGCAAUGGAUUAUGAGGAGCAAACUUCAAGAAAUGUGUCAAUCAGUGUGGCAAAUGAGGUGCCAUAUUUCUCCUGUGAGAUCACCGGACGUCCUGCUAAGAGAUUAUGGGAUGUAAAGACCUUCAAUGAGGGGCCUGACAAAAGUUUGCCAGGCUUCCCUAAGUUGUAUCCUGUCACCAUUGCUGUGGAGGACGUGAACGACCCUCCAGAGUUUGUACCACCUGUUAGAAAAGUGGGGAUCAUGGAGAACACCAAACUAGGAACCCACUUGUGCACUCUUGAAGCCAAAGACCCUGAUAAAACCUUUGCCAGCAAGUUUCAUUUUACCAAAGGAGAAGAUGUAGAUAACUGGAUAACUGUAGAUCCAGAAACUGGGGAAGUAUUCACAUCAAAGGUUCUGGACAGAGAAUCACCCUUGUUGAAGAAUAGUUCCUACAGUGUGAUCCUCUAUGUUGUGGAUAAUGGUGAGCCUCCUAUGACAGGGACAGGAACCUUGAUCAUCCAAGUGGGAGAUCUGAAUGAUAAUCUGCCCAUACUUGAGGUGAACACACUGGGUAUGUGUUUAUCGGACGAGGCCACUAUGACAAACAUCACUGCUGUGGAUCUGGACCUGCCUCCAUACAGCAGCCCCUUCACCUACGAGCUCCUGGGGGAUGUUAAAGGGAAAUGGAGUAUUGACCCCACCAGUGGGACAACUGUGCACCUGGUGAAAGAGAACACUGUCUAUUCAGGUGUUCACGAGCUUCAGAUCAAAGUAUCAGACAACCAGGGCCUUUCCCUGACACAGAACCUCUCAGUCACUGUGUGUGACUGCACCAGCACACCAAACUGUCAUCUACGCAGAUCUUCAGGUGCCCAGAUGGGCAGCGCUGCUGUCAGCAUCAUGAUUUUCGCGUUUCUUCUUCUUCUAGCUAUUCUUCUUAUGGCCUUUCUGAUCUCCUGCAAGCAUGAGAAAAAAAUGAUCAUGACAGAUGACGAACCUGGGUGGCGUCUCCUCGAGUCCAAUAUUGAGACUCUUGGCACAGACUGCAAGGUUCCUGCCAAAAUCACCCAAGUGGAGUCCAUCCAGACCUUAAAGGCAAAGCCCAAUUUGAUAUCAACACAUGAUGGAAUUUCAAAGCAGGAAGUCAUACAACAGAAUCACCAGAAGGAUUACUAUGACAGCACUUUUCAAAAAGAACAGUUGUUGAAAAGAUCUCUGCAGCGGAACUCCACAAGACGCUCAUAUAGAAGUUACCACUCAUCGAUGGACCAAGUGAAGAGAAACUACUCUAUUUACAGUGUAGAUGACUUUCAACUCAGACAAAACCUGCUCACUCAGAUUGAUCAGAAGCUUUUCCAGCUUCAGGCGCCAGGAGAAGAGCUUGGUGACUAUGAACCUCAUUGUUAUGCAUAUGAAGGAGAACCCAUGAUUGACCCUCAACUGGAUGCCAUCUCCCUCCCUGAGAAUGACUUCAAUCCAAAUGUUCUCACAAACCUGGAUUGGCAAUUCAACAAGCUGGCGAGCAUCUGCAGGCCUGAUUUAAUGUCAUAGUUUCACAGAAAGUAGACGCUCAAAAAGAGAGAAACUUUGUUCUUGUGUAAAGAAGACAUCACUUCUUUUCUGGAAUAUGAGUGGAUUCAUAUUCAUCUCUGAGCUGAUGGGAAGUACACAGAUGUUUUGAGAAUGUAUCAUAGUUUUAGUUACAGGGAUUGAUUUUUGUCCGUGGAGAAGCCCGUGACUGAACAUUGUACAUUCAGUAACUCCGAGCUACAAACAAGACAGAGUUGGCCAAAAUGUAUGUUUUGAACUUGAAUGUAAAGCAAAGAAAUGGAAAGAAACGAAGCUCAUCACAGCAGCUUUAAGAUAGAAGAACUAUAUAUAAAUACACUGCCCCUUCGGAAUUAUAGGCAUUCCUAAUUAGCAUAACAGUGCAGAGUUUGGUGCUUAUUGAUGCUCAGCACAGAGGCCAUGUUACAUAAUCUCUUUCUCAUACAGUUUCUCAGAGAGGUUGAAAAUGCUGCUUUAUUCCUGCUCUAUAAAACUGACACAACUAUGCCAUAAACAUGUCGUGGCCGAUUUGGUAAUACCUUACAUGAAGGGUGUCUACAUGACACAUUCAUAACAUCUUUCACAAACACGUUCAUGUAUGUUUAAAUCAACAUUCAUACAUGUUUUACAUGAUACUAAUAUAGACUACUGUGUCAUUUUACAGAUAGAACUUUUUCAAAAUAAAUGUUUUUGAAAAACUAUUUUAU